AUGGAAACAGGGAAGACAGAUUCUCUUGGAUCUAGCGAUAAGGAGGAGCGGUGGAGAGGAAAAGGAAGGGUACCGUACGCGGAGGAGCCACUUAACCCUGCCGGGUCCAGUGACUCUGAAGAGGUCGAGAUAGAAGAGCCAGAUGAGUGUUUAAAUUUUGAACCUGCAGAAGUAUGGAUCACCAAAGGACUGCUAGACGCAAUGAAAAAGUUCGAUGAUCCCAAGCGGGAGGCGACUUACAAGGAACGGUGUAGCACGGGUAAGCUUGCAAAAUCUGGAAAGCGAUAUGUGCUGGAAGAAUUGGAAGAAAUAGACUCCGACGAGAAGUUUCGUCAAUACAUCAGCGCGAUCGGGUUUGACUGGCUCUUGAAGCAUAGUGAGACGGAGGUGCCAGCUGCGUUGGAGUUCUUUUCCACGUUUCGCCUGAAGUCCACCACAGAUCUAGAUGCGGAUUCCAUCACUUUCCGCCUUUUUACUGAAGAGCAUGAGAUGAGUCUUAGAGAAUGGUCCCUCUGGAUGGGCCUGUUCACGCGUGCUGAGGAUGACGAUGGCAUAUGGAAUGAGAGGAUGGUAGGAGCCCCAAGGAAAACACCCGGAUUCACACCACAGUCAGCUUGGGAGUUCGUCACGCACCCGAAGGUUGGACAGUUUAAGACCAGUUACUCAAAGGCGUUCAAUAUCAACAACCGGAUCCUGAGGCCUGCCAUCAGAUGGCCGCAAACCCUCAAGGGGCGCGUCACUGUCUUGGUGGGAAAGUCAUCUACACAGAACGACCGUAUGGCGGAAGCCGUCAGCUUAAUGAUGAUGAUGACAGAGUGGCUGAGGGAGAAAUUUCCCGAGCCUCACACGACAUUGCCUGCUGGAUCUAGCAGUGUGCCUACGCAGCCAGGGCAAAGAAGUUCUGCCCUCCAGCUGCCCCCACCAGCGUCCAAGCCCUUGACAGCCCCGUCCGCAUCAAAGCCCAUAUAUUGUGUUGUGUUAAACGGGGAUGGAUUUAGGUCUCUUAUAUUUCUGUUUUAUGCCAGGUUCAAAAUGCCUAAAAGAGGACGUCCGCGCUCGCAAGCCUCACAGGAUGCAGAUAACCAGCUUAGAGUCGACAUAGACAGUGUUGUCGACGACAUUAUUCCAGUGGCCCUUGCUAAAAGAUUUAGGGAGAGGUUAGCCGAGAUAGGACCUGGGACCUCUGGUCGUCAAGGAGAGCCUAAACAACCUACGGGGCGAAAACAGGAUCGACUAUGCUGCCGCAGAACCCCUUCUGAAUUCAUUGAAUGCUUGAAACAGCUGAAUCCCAGACAGAAGAGGGCUGUUACAGAAAUUGGAUUUGGGGCGGUCCUUGAUUUCGACAUUAAGGAAAUCCCUCCGUAUCUUGCAUAUUGGGUAUUGAGGUCCUUAAAUCUUGCCCGCUGCCAGAUUCAACUUACAGGCGGUGAAUACCUUACUCUUGACGAAGAGGAUGUCCACCUAACGUUGGGGUUCCCUCGUGGUCCACAAGUCAUAUCAAGGCCAUCAACGGGCAAGCAGUCAAACUUCACAUUUAAUGACCUACUGGCAGAGAGAUGCCAGAAGGGACGAUUUAAGAUGACCCCAAAAGAUAUUGCACAGAUGAUGAUGGCCGAUGUGGAUGGUGGAGAUGAAUUCAAGAAGCUAUUCAUGUUCCUACUUGAAAAUGCUUUGGUAGAAACUCCUUCUGACGGCCACUGCAAGCCGAAGAUUUUACAUUUUGUCGACAAUGUAGCGGAUAUCAGAAAUCUUAAUUGGUGUGGCUACGUGUUGUCGGUCCUUGAGGCCACUUACCCGAGCUGGGCUAGCGGACAGUCUCCAUUGUUCUCCGGGCCAAUACACUGCCUGGUGUGCUGCUAUGUGGAUCGCGUGGUCCACAUCCGGCGACGCGUAGUACGAACCUGGCCUACGAUGAAAGGGUGGACAGCUGAUUCCCUAAAGCAACGUGAGGAUCUAGAACGCGACCAGUUUCGUACUGGGAGAUUAGAGCCACGUGUAGACAAGGACAGAUUGGUAGCGGAAGAGGAAAUGCAAAGGCGAGCAACUAUGGCUGCGGGAGAAGGGUCCUCUACGGGACUCCACAGAGCAAGGCGCCUAAGAGACAAGUUUGUUGGUUCUAGCGCGUUGAUGGCCCACGCUAUCUCUAUGUGGGUUGAUGAUUUCAUCAGUAUCCCUCUCGAGCUACUUGACGAUGGUUGCAUCCGUGUGGGAAGUCAAAUUGGCAGAAAAUUGUUGGGGAUUCCUGAGGAAGAGGAGGUUGGAGAUGACGAAAUAACAACAACCUUGACCCAAGCAAGAGAGGAUGAGGAGGAGUACAGUCAGGAAUGGAUUGCUGAGAUGGAGAAAAUGAUGGCAGCCUACGACAAAAAAAAGUCCAUUACAAAAAGCUUUACACGGCCAUCUUUUGUUUUAGAUGGAUUUGACUGCCCCGACCCGUUUGCCACACAGCCAACCCCCGAGGCAUGUGUAAGCGCUGGAGGAGUACAACCUCCCAAACCUGAUGGCCAAGCAAGUGUUGCACAGGAUGUGGAUCGGCCGUUAAAUGAAGUGUGUCAAGGAGGCGCGACAAUGUCUGCUCCAUUAGGUGAUGUUGCCGGACUUGGAGUCCCAGCAUAUGUGCACACCUCAGUUGCAGCAACACACAUGGAGGUGGUUUGUGCCGAGACUGGUGGAGUAGGGGAGACGGUACACGAGCGAAGGGAGAUUACGAAAGGUGGAAAUGCUAAGGUGGGUUUGUCGGGUGACGAAACUGGAAGAUUUAGAGAAGGUGGUAAAGAGGUGGUGACAACAACAAAACAAAAAUGUGUUAAGGGAAAGGAAGAUAACAGAUCAGGCUUGACAAAGGAAAUGGCUUUGAAGCGUGGACAGGAGAAACAGCCUGCAGUGACAAAGAGACCGCCCCUGUCAAAGGAGAAGGGGAUAGUAAUUUUUGAGGCUGGGAUGGGUGGUAUUAGUUCCGACGUGCCAUUGAAAAUCGCGGCUGGACGUGUAAAAGGAAAGGAGAAGGUCAACAAGGCUAAGGAGGCCAUCCGAUCGCAGGAUUUAAACGUUGAAACGACACGUUUAAGGAAAGCUAGUCCUGCUAUGCGAUCUCCUUUCAACGAGCGUGCUGUAAGGCUUACAGCCAAGGCUAACGGCAAUGACAAGGAACUAUAUUUCUGGGUUCUGAGCACAGCGGAGACGCAUAAAUCGAUCAGGGAUGCAAUUGUUUACGAAGACUCCUACAAACAAACAGUGAAGUCCGAGUUCCUUUCACUGGCACCAUUUAAACCUGUCCCAAAAAAGUGCCAAUUUCAAAAGUGUCCCAAAACAUAAACCAAGAAUUACAUUAAUUCAUUUUUAGGUAAUCUGCUACAUUUUUUCUGCAUCAAUAUCAUUGUAUUUGCUCGCCUCUUGACUAUGAUGUUAUAUGCGUUUGUAGUUGAGGUA